UUUCCUUGUUUGUUUUUCUCUCUCUAUCUCUAAACAUUUUCUUUUUCCUUUUUUUUUCUUCUUUUUUAACCUAAUAUUAAAAUCCCUUGCUUUUCUUGAUCCCCGUUCUCAAAACGCCCUGCUUUCCAUUCCUUUCUCCCGUCGAUUUUCUCGAGAAAGUGUUUGGGAGGAGGGGGAAUUGGGAUUGAUAUUAUAAAAUAAUAAUCAUUCCAUAUUAUAAAUAAUUAAAUAAAUAGAAAUGAGUUUUCAAGAUCUGGAGGCCGGACGUCCGUUUGCGGGUUCGAAGAUCAACGGCAAGAAAGACGCCACGCAAGGUGUAGUAUCUGGAAUCUUCCAGAUAACAACUUCCGUUUCCACGUUUCAACGUCUCGUUAAUACCCUUGGUACUCCUAAGGACACCCCUGAGCUCCGUGAGAAGCUGCACAAGACAAGGCUGCAUAUUGGGCAGUUGGUGAAGGAUACUUCAGCAAAACUUAAACAAGCAAGUGAAACAGAUCAUCAUGCAGGAGUUAGUCAAAGCAAAAAGAUUGCUGAUGCUAAACUUGCAAAAGAUUUUCAAGCGGUUUUGAAAGAAUUUCAAAAGGCGCAACGGCUUGCAGCUGAGAGAGAAACAGCAUAUACCCCUUUUGUUCCCCAGGCAGUCCUUCCCUCGAGCUAUACAGCCAGUGAGAUAGACAUAAAUUCUGAUAAGAGUCCAGAGCAGCGUGCUCUUCUUGUGGAAUCAAGAAGACAGGAGGUCUUAUUAUUGGAUAAUGAGAUUGCUUUUAAUGAGGCAAUCAUUGAUGAACGAGAGCAGGGAAUACAAGAAAUUCACCAGCAAAUCGGUGAGGUGAAUGAGAUUUUCAAAGAUCUUGCUGUCCUCGUUCAUGAGCAAGGAGCAAUGAUUGAUGAUAUUGGCUCCCAUAUUGAAAAUGCCCAAGCUGCAACUGCACAGGGCAAAACACACCUUGUGAAAGCAGCAAAGACCCAAAGAUCUAAUUCGUCUCUGUCCUGCUUGUUGUUGGUGAUUUUCGGAAUUGUGCUUCUCAUUGUUAUUGUAGUACUUGCAGCAUAAGUUCAAGGUUAUCUUGAUUCAAUUAUUAACCAUUUCCAAGAGCUAGUGGGGGAACAAGAUAGGGAUCUAUUUACUAGUUAAUUUAGUUAAUGGUCUUCCAAGAGGAUAUGUGACUUGCUGGUGUGUCUCACUGCUGAUCAGAGGGUGGUAUAUGUAUAUUGUUUGGUAUUUGAAUAGGAUGACGUUCAGUUAUUAUAUUUUGCUGGUAUGUAUUUCGCUGUCUGGGUUUUUGAGGGUGUUGUGUAAUUGUUCUUUUUCUGUUUCUUAUAGUAAUAAGUUAUUAAUUCCUUGGUUUGUCA